GGGUCCGUGUGUGGUGGCGGCCCGGCUGCCCUCCGCGGCGGCGCCUGGCUAGGGCGGUGUGGCCGCUGAGUGCGGCGUUCGGGGGUCGCCCGGCUCGCGCGGACGGGGAUCCGGAGGGCCGGCGCCCACAGCCGAGGACUGGACACUCGCCCCUUCUCCGGCAUCUGGCGGCGCCCGGCCCGCGGCUUCCUUCUUUCCUGCCCAGCUUCCGCGGGCCGAGGGGCGCCGAGGGGCCCCGACCUCCCGCGCGCCCGCGGCCCGGCUCAGCCCGGACUCCAUGUGAAGGAGAGACGGCCCGGCCCCCCGGCCCCCCGGCCCGCACCGCCUCCUCGCGCGCCCCUCCUGCCCCCAGGACCCGCGGCCUCCCUCGCCGGGGGCGCGGUGACAGGCCGCACGGGGCGGAGGGGCGGGUUAACAGGCCGGCGGAGGCCACUCUUUGGGCCUGCGGCUCCCCACGUCCCGCGGAGCGGCCGGACCAAGAGCAUUUCUGACCUGGCAGGGCUGUGAUCACAGAAAAGAAGGAGGCCAGAGCUGUGGGAACCCUUGUUGUUAGGUCAGAUUUCUGACCCUGAAGGAUGGGAACCACAGAUUGAGCUGACCUUGACAGCAAUAAAGAAUGCUGAUGGGAGAGCCGUUUCCCUAAUUUUCAGAUUGUUGAGCUGGUUGCCAUGAUGGAUGAUCAGCAAGCUUUGAACUCAAUCAUGCAAGAUUUGGCUGUUCUUCAUAAGGCCAGUCGACCAGCAUUAUCCUUACAAGAAACCAGAAAAACAAAAUCUUUAUCACCAAAAAAACAGAAUGAUGUCCGAGUCAAAUUUGAACAUAGAGGAGAAAAAAGAAUCCUUCAGUUCCCCAGACCAGUUAGACUGGAGCAUCUGAGGUCGAAAGCUAGAACUGCCUUUGGACAGUCCAUGGAGCUCCAUUACACCAAUAACGAGCUGGUGAUCCCAUUAACUACUCAAGAUGAUUUGGACAAAGCUGUGGAGCUGCUGGAUCGCAGUGUUCAUAUGAAGAGCCUCAAGAUAUUACUUGUAGUAAAUGGAAGUACACAGGCUACUAAUUUAGAACCAUCGCCAUCACUAGAUGAUCUGGAUAACACAGUAUUUGAAGCAGAGAGGAAAAAACGGCAUUCUGUAAUAGGUUCCACUAGUAGAGAUCAAAGCUCCCCUCCCCCAGGAUACAUUCCGGAUGAAUUACAUCAGGUCGCCAGGAACGGGUCCUUCACCAGCAUCCACAGUGAAGGGGAGUUCAUUCCAGAGAGCAUGGACCAAAUGCUGGACCCGUUAUUUUUAAGCAGCCCUGAAAAUUCUGGCUCAGGAAGUUGUCCAUCACUUGAUAGUCCUUUGGAUGGAGACAGCUAUCCAAAAUCACGAAUGCCUAGGGCACAGAGCUACCCAGAUAAUCAUCAGGAAUUUUCAGACUAUGACAACCCUAUCUUUGAGAAAUUUGGAAAAGGAGGAACCUACCCAAGGAGGUAUCAUGUUUCAUAUCACCAUCAAGACUAUAAUGAUGGUCGUAAAACUUUUCCAAGAGCUAGAAGGACGCAGGGGACCAGCUUCCGCUCUCCUGUGAGUUUCAGUCCUACUGACCACUCCUUAAGCACUAGUAGCGGAAGCAGUAUCUUUACCCCAGAGUAUGAUGAUAGUCGAAUAAGAAGAAGGGGAAGUGACAUAGAUAACCCUACUUUGACUGUAAUGGACAUCAGCCCACCUAGCCGCUCACCUCGUGCUCCAAUAAACUGGAGAUUGGGCAAACUGCUUGGCCAGGGAGCCUUUGGCAGGGUCUACCUCUGUUAUGAUGUCGAUACAGGAAGAGAGUUGGCUGUUAAGCAAGUUCAGUUUGACCCUGAUAGACCUGAGACCAGCAAGGAAGUAAAUGCACUUGAGUGUGAAAUUCAGUUGUUGAAAAAUUUACUGCAUGAACGAGUCGUUCAAUACUAUGGCUGUUUGCGGGAUCUCCAGGAAAAAAAACUUUCCAUAUUUAUGGAAUAUAUGCCAGGGGGUUCAAUUAAGGACCAACUAAAAGCAUACGGAGCUCUUACUGAGAAUGUCACCAGGAAGUACACCCGUCAGAUUCUAGAAGGCAUCCACUAUUUGCAUAGCAAUAUGAUCGUUCAUAGAGACAUCAAAGGCGCAAAUAUUCUGCGAGAUUCAACAGGCAACGUUAAGCUGGGAGAUUUUGGGGCCAGCAAGCGGCUUCAGACGAUCUGCCUUUCGGGGACAGGAAUGAAGUCUGUGACGGGCACGCCCUACUGGAUGAGCCCCGAGGUGAUCGGCGGGGAAGGCUACGGCCGGAAGGCGGACAUCUGGAGUGUGGGCUGUACUGUGGUAGAAAUGCUAACUGAAAAGCCUCCGUGGGCAGAAUAUGAAGCAAUGGCUGCCAUCUUUAAAAUCGCCACUCAGCCAACAAACCCCAAGCUGCCCCCUCACGUCUCAGACUACACCCGAGAUUUCCUCCAGCGCAUCUUCACAGAGGCCAAGCUGAGGCCGUCGGCGGAGGAGCUGCUGAGGCACAUGUUCGUGCACUGCCACUAGCAGCCCCUCCCUGCCCCCGGCUCCCAUCUGGCCCUGCACCUUCUCUCUGACGGCACUUUUCUUUUUAUAAAAAAGAGAGAUGGGGAGAAAAAAGACAAGAGGGAAAGUGUUUCUCUUGAUUCUUGGUUAAAUUUGUUUAAUAAUAGUAACCUAAAUUUUUUAUAUUUAAUCGUUUUUUCCUUUACAAGAACUUGAAACUUUUUUUAAAUUUUUUAUAGUGUACUGAUGUGGUUCAGACAUAUAAAGCACUUUAGUACAUGGUCACUCUUUCUAGUACAAACAAAUCAUUUGGAACACCUAAA